CUCCAAAAAAAAAAACGUCUUUUUAUUUCCUCGAAUCUCUUUUUGGGAAAUAGAGUGUUUAACUCCAAGGAGCGGUUCAAGUGCCAAACUCAGCAACAAUGAACAAGAGCGGGAUGGUGACGGAAAUCCGCACACAGAUCAGGAAAGAGCCGUUCGCCGGCAAAUACGAGCUGGCGGCGGGCAAAGAGCUGGGCAGGGGAAAGUUUGCCGUGGUGAAGAAGUGCACCGAGAAGGCAACAGGAAAGCCGUACGCUGCCAAGUUUCUGCGAAAGAGGCGGAAGGGAGCGGACUGCCGCAUGGACAUCUUAAACGAGAUAGCUGUGUUGGAGUUGGCCAAGGCUAACCCCUAUGUGGUGGGACUGCAUGAGGUCUACGAAACCAGCUCCGAAAUUAUCCUCGUUCUGGAGUGUGCCGCAGGAGGGGAGAUCUUCGACCAGUGCGUGGCCGAGGACGACGAGGCCUUCAAAGAGAAAGAUGUGAUCCGACUAGCCAAGCAGAUCCUUAACGGCGUCGCCUUCCUGCAUCGAAACAAUGUCGUCCAUCUGGAUCUGAAACCCCAGAACAUCUUGCUGACCAGUGCCAGACCCCUGGGGGACAUUCGCAUUGUGGACUUUGGCUUGUCUAGGAGGAUGGAGAAGAUCACAGAGGUCAGGGAGAUCCUGGGUACCCCAGAAUAUGUGGCACCAGAAAUCCUGAACUACGAACCCAUCAGCACCGCGACGGACAUGUGGAGCAUCGGGGUCCUGAUCUGCGUCAUGCUGACGGGCGAGUCUCCCUUUCUGGGUGAUGACAACCAGAAGACAUUCCUCAACAUCUCUCAAGUCAACAUAGACUAUUCAGAGGAAAUGUUUGAUAGGAUCUCCUCCCUGGCAGUUGACUUUAUCAAGUCCUUAUUGGUGAAAAACCCCAGGAAGAGAGCCACGGCAGAAGCAUGUCUCAAACAUCCCUGGCUGAACCCCCACCCCCUCUCCCAACCGCUCCUCCAGAAGAUGUUGGCCUUCUCGCUGGACGACAACGAGAUGAGCCAGUCGGAAUCGGAGCCCGAGAGCCCGGCUCACUCCCCGGAGCUGGGAUCGUUUGAGUCGUUCCUCAUGUGCCCGGGGCAGGGCGGGCUCAAGGCGGGCCUCGGCGCCUUCUCCUUCAGCGAGCCGCCCUUCCCCACGCGACCUGAGAUAAAGCAGGAGCUGAUAUGCUGACCCAUGUUUCACUCGUUGGUGAGGGACUAGAGGGAUUCAAACUCAACGGAGCAGAGGCUGGGAGCCGGCGAGGCUGCAGCUUCGAGGCCCCCGAUGUUCGACGGCUGCUUUAUGCCAAGCUGCCUUUACUGCUGUGAUGUCUUUGAGCUCAGCUGUUUGCGGCUUCGUACCUCUGGCUGUUUCUUUUUUUUUUUUUUUGUGACCGUGCUUUUGAACUGACUUGGAAAAGCUGCACAGGCGAAGCCUUCGAGGAAGGAUGAAGCGGAAAAGAGUGGGAGACGACAUAGAGAGACCUUGUUGCACGACUGCCUUAAAAGUGACAGAAAUGAACAAAGCUCGGCUGCACACUGUCUAGUUCACCCCCCCUGCACUGGUGUCUUUUUUACCUCUACGACCCGUCGGACUGGGCCGCGGCUCUUUCUUUCUUUUUCUUUCUUUCUUCACCCACCAGAAUGCCGUAUCUCCCAGUCGACUUGUACAUAACUUCUCUGUAACCGUUUGAAGACGGCAAAGAAUUGAAACUUGGGUCUAUUAAGAGAAGAAGAAAAAAAAGGAAAUGCAACAGAGGGCAGCACCUAUGCUGAAGCCAGACAUUAAAAUGUUUUUUUUUUUUUGUUUGUUUUUUUAAAUGUUUAUUUAUGUUUGCCUCAUAUUGCCUCGGCCCCUUAAUGUUCGAGCCACAUAAAUGCCCGAGUUUAAGUCUGACAUAGUAGCGUUCUUAUAUUUUAAGACAAUCUUGAGCACUUUUUCUUUAUUUUUUUGUUUUUGUUUGUUGGACUAAAAAGGCUCAUGAAGCAUAAUCCGCUGUUGCACAGUGUACUGUACAUAGAAGCUGUUCACCAUCCCUCUGUUUUUGCCACAUUACCUGAACAUGAUGUGCCACUUCUUUUGUUAAAUUCAGUUUAAACCUUAUGUGUUGGGCUAUUGCACAGGUUGCACAGGAUGUUUUGUACCUAUUUGGAAGGUUGCUACUGGGUUUCAAUGCUCUUUGUCCAAGAAAGAGGAAAGCUUAGAAGUUUCCAAGAGUUAUUUAAUGUGUUAUGAGACCGUAACAACGUGAUCUGUAUUUAUAGAAAUAUGUGGGUCCUGCCUUCAGAUUCUUGGUGAGAAUUUCUGAAACUUAAAGUACAAAUAUGUAUGUUGUGAGGGUUGGAAAAAAUGUUCUGCCAGUUGAUCAAUGUUCAGCAUCCAUAUAAUUCUUUUUUUUGCAAAGCAACUUUGACUUAUUCCUGUUGUUUUUCCUGCUCUUGAAUUUCAGGAAGGUUUGCACUUGUCCUUGUGGACAUAAUGUUAAUAUAAAUAUGUGUUUGUUUAUGGCAUGCAUUGCAAAAUGUACUAAGAAAAGAAAAAAAAAGAAAUAAUUACAUGUGCUUUUGUAUCAGA